ACUCACUCACUCUCAGUCGGUCAAUCUGAGUCAGAGGAGUCGCUGUCUCUGUGUCUCUCACCAUCAACAUCCAGAGUGAGCGGGUGAAUGUUCCCCUGUGUGACCGGAGGAACCCUCUCACCUGUCGGAUACCGAACCUGAACCUGACCUGACCUGAUCCGGACCUGGAGACCGCUCCUCCUCCUCCUCCUCCUCCUCAUUCACUCACUCUUCACGAUGCGGAUUAACGCACUUUCAACGCAAACUUUGCGCGUGUGAACCGCACCAAAGGCGCACGUGGCGCAGGUGUGAGCACGCGCAGGUGAGACUCGUGACUGAUGAUGGUGAUGGAGGACACGGUGAUGGACACGUUUGUCGCACAGUGACGCGAUGCUGUGAACGUUUGUGUUUCCACUGAGAACCGGAGCGGAGACGUUUCCCCGCGGAGCAGCGCAGCGCAGCGGGGACGGAGCGGCGCACGGAGCGGCGCUGGUGUGCGCAGGACGCGGGCAUGGAUGAGUGGAUUCCUCCGCUUUAAAGUUCCAGAGAGAGAGAGAGCAUGAGGAGAACAGAGGGAUAAGUUAUUCGUCUGAGGUGGAAGUGGAAUACCUGCUGGACAGAGGAUGGCCUGCUGGAAGGAGAGCGCCACCUUCCUGCUGGUUCUGCUGGUGCUGCUGGACCUGCCGCCGGUCACGGGACGGUCAUCCCAUCACCACAGCUUGAGACGCCAAACUCGGGGGCACCACGAAAGCCGGGCGCUGCAGAACAUCACGUUGGCCGUCAUUUUACCGCAGAGCAACACAGAAUACCCGUGGGCUUGGCCUCGCAUUGGUCCCGCCCUGGAGCGGGCGGUCAAAACCAUCAAUGCUGACCCGACCAUGCUCCCCAACCACCACCUCACCUACGUCUUCAAGAACAGUGAGGACAAGGGUGGGAUCUGCUCCGAGUCAAUCGCACCGCUCAUGGCGGUGGACCUAAAACUCGCGUAUGACCCGUGGGCUUUCAUCGGGCCUGGGUGCUCCUACACCGCCUCCCCUGUUGGUCUCUUUACCACCCACUGGGAUGUUCCCAUGGUUACGGCGGGUGCUCCGGCAGUGGCCUUUUACGGUGGCGUCUACCCGUCGAUCACCAACACGGGUCCCACCCACAAGAAGCUCGGGAGGUUCGCCCUGCGGAUCUGUGAGCACUUUGGCUGGCGGGAGCAUGUGAUGCUCAUGUUCAGCGACAACAAAGUGGACGAUCGUCCGUGUUACUUCGCGGUGGAGGGUUUGUACACGGAGCUGAAGAGCAUCAACAUCACCCUCGUGGACCGAGUGUUCGAAGAGAACAAACCGCCCAUCAACUACUCCCAGAUCCUCGCGGACAUCCAGGGCGACGGCCGAGUGAUGUUCGUGUGCUGCUCGCCCGACGUCUUCAGGAAGCUGAUGGUUCAGUUCCGACGCGCGGACCUUCCUCACGAACAGUACGUCUUCUUCUACAUCGACGUGUUUGGAGACAGUCUCAACUCAGAGCAGAGACAACCGUGGGCGCGCGGAGACGAGGACGACGCCAUCGCCAAGGACGCUUUCCAGAGCGUGAAGAUCCUGACGUAUCGAGAGCCUCAGAAUCCAGAGUACAAAGAGUUUGUCGUCAACCUGAAGGACGACGCCAGGACCAGGUUUAACUACACUGUAGAGGACACACUGAUGAACAUCAUCGCUGGAGGAUUCUACGACGGUCUGAUGCUCUACACUCAGGCGCUCAACGAGAGCAUGUCUGUGUCAGGCGGUCGACCUCCGGGUAAAGUCGUCAGAGAGAGGAUGUGGAAUCGAACCUUCCACGGUGUAACGGGACUUGUCCACCUGGACGAGAGCGGAGACAGAGAGACAGACUUUGCCUUGUGGGACCUGAUUGACACAAACAGCAGCGCCUUCCAGAUAGUUUUGGUUUACAACAGUUCAGAGGAGCAGCUGACGGCCAUUAACGGAACGUCUCUGCACUGGCUGGGCGGAGUCUGUCCUCCCGACGUCCCCGUCUGUGGUUUCAAGGACAACCCCAUCUGCCUCGCAAAAACCAUCACCAUCCAUCAGAUGGUUUCCAUUGUGGUCUUCUUCAUCUUCACCAUGUCGCUCACCGUCGCCGUCUUCAUCUACAGGAGGAUGAAACUGGAGAAGGAGCUCGUGGCUCAGCUGUGGAGAAUCCUCUGGGAGGACAUUCAGAUGAGCAACAUGGACAAAGUUCUACGCAGCGGCAGCAGGAUCACACUGUCCCUGCGAGGCUCAAACUACGGUUCUCUGAUGACCGCAGACGGAAACAUGCAGGUUUUUGCAAAGACUGGUUAUUACAAGGGAAACAUCAUCGCCAUCAAAUACACUAACAGGAAACGCAUCGAGCUGAACAGGAUGGUGCUGUUUGAACUCAAACAUAUCCGCGACGUUCAGAACGAACACCUGACACGCUUCAUCGGCGCCUGCAUCGACCCUCCCAACAUCUGCAUCAUCACAGAGUACUGUCCCAGAGGAAGUCUGCAGGACAUCCUGGAGAACGACAGCAUCACUCUGGACUGGAUGUUCAAAUAUUCUCUCAUCAAUGACAUCGUGAAGGGCAUGGUCUUCCUCCACAACAGCGUCAUCUUGUCUCACGGUAAACUCAAGUCGUCCAACUGUGUCGUGGACAACCGCUUCGUCCUCAAGAUCACGGACUAUGGUUUGUCCAGCUUUCGCUACGACAGCGACUCGGGGAAGGACGCUCACGCCUACUAUGCCCAGAGGCUGUGGAUGGCUCCUGAGCUGCUCAGGAUGGAGGCUCCGCCCCCUCAGGGAACUCAGAAAGGAGACGUCUACAGCUUCGGCAUCGUCCUCCAGGAGGUGGCGCUACGUCGAGGAGCCUUCUACCUGGAGGGAGACCCACUCAGCCCCAAAGAGAUCGUGGACCGGGUGAUUCUGGGUGAGUGGCCGUGCCUGAGGCCGACCAUCGACCCGCAGGUUCACAGUCCUGAGCUGGGUCAGCUGAUGCAGCGCUGCUGGGCUGAGGAGCCGACGGAGAGACCGGAGUUCAGCCACAUCAAGCUGCUGCUGCGCAAACAGAACAAAGAGUCGAGGACAAAUAUCCUUGAUAACCUGUUGUCUCGUAUGGAACAAUAUGCUAACAACCUGGAGGAGCUGGUGGAAGAAAGAACACAAGCUUAUCAUGAAGAGAAACGCAAGGCUGAGGCUCUACUCUACCAAAUACUACCACAUUCAGUAGCAGAGCAGUUGAAGCGUGGCGAGACGGUUCAGGCCGAGGCGUUUGACUCCGUCACCAUUUACUUCAGUGACAUCGUUGGUUUCACCUCCAUUUCAGCGGAGAGCACGCCCAUGGAGGUUGUGACGCUGCUCAACGACCUUUACACGUGUUUCGACGCCAUCAUCGACAACUUUGAUGUUUACAAGGUGGAGACCAUCGGCGAUGCCUACAUGGUGGUGUCCGGCCUGCCGGUCAGGAACGGGAAGCUGCACGGCAGAGAGAUCGCCCGCAUGGCGCUCGCUCUGCUGGACGCCGUGCGGACGUUCAGGAUCUGUCACCGGGCGGAGCAGCAGCUGAAGCUGAGGAUCGGGAUCCACAGCGGUCCAGUGUGUGCGGGGGUGGUCGGUCUGAAGAUGCCUCGUUACUGUCUGUUCGGCGACACCGUCAACACAUCGUCACGUAUGGAGUCGAGCGGCGAAGCGCUGAAGAUCCACGUGUCGUCUGCGACGCGCGACGUCCUCCAGGAGUUCAACUGCUUCCAGCUGGAGCUGCGAGGAGACAUCGACGUCAAGGGCAAAGGAAAGAUGACGACCUACUGGCUACUGGGAGAGAGCACCAGCCAAUGAGGACAUGUCCUCGUCCGACUCAUGUCCUCGUCCGACUGUGAACAAAUGGUUUUCAGGAGACAACGGUACAAACUUUAACAGACAGAAGACACGGGAGGACAAAGACGGGUUGAGGUUCACAUUCACAGACUCCCACCGACUCAGUUCACCUGAAAUUUGAAGCUGCGUCUGAAGGAAAUGGAUUUUUUUUAUAUAUUUACGUAGAAACACAACUGGCUAAAGUUAACUACAUUCAGAGAAGAGUCAGCGUUUCCAGGGGCAGCGUCAUUUAAAACAAGCAUGACUUUAGACUUAGACCAACACGUCCACUGAUAAACACACGACGUGCGACACUUUGCUCCGAGAGUGAGACUCAACGAGCUCAUUUAAAAGUCACCUUACUAAAUAAAUAAAUAAUCUUAUUUUCCAAAACCACCUGGUUAUUUUAUGUUGGGUCGUAACAGAAGUGAUAAAUAAUAAAUAAAUAAAUAAAUAAUCCUUCAAUGGUCACCCGGAGCCAAGAAGGUUUAAAUUUUAAUUUUAAUUUAAUUUUUGUAAAGUAAGUCUAAAGUUCCGUGCAUGCGUGUGGACAGCGUAUGUGCAAACUGAAUUCCCGCCCAAUUGGUAGGUAGAGGAUUAAGCCCCGCCCACAAAGCAGAAAAACCAUUUCGACAACAGAAGUAUUCGUCAAGGAUCGUCAUCCUCCCCUGCCCUGUGGGCCAGCUGUGAGCCGCUGUAGCAUCGUUCUCUUCUUCUUUGGUAGGAAUGCUUCUGCCACCCGAUGGUGAGGUGGGAUACUACAGGACCCUGACGCGCAAGAAUACCAGGGUCUGCGGUAUGCACACAGAAGUAUACCACGGGUUUUACACAUCGCAAUAAAAAGCUCGUAAAAUAAACAAGAUAUUCAGCGCUGAAGUUAGCGUCGACAGUUCAGGGAAAACUUAAUGCAGAACUUUGCAAGUCUGGUCGCUGUAUUCUCUACGGCGCUCCCCCUACAGUUUUGGAGUACUUAUUGUUACGUCUGGUGGUUAGAAGGUAUGGAACGGUUGGGCCCGGUUAUUUUGGUACUGUAAUACAAACCAUCCUGAACCAAACAGAACUGUUCCACUCCAUGCAUUUUCCGCCCUUUUGCCCUGGGAGUACGUAUUUUCACAUCACCGUAAACAUCGUCUGUCUCUUUAUUCUCACGGUUAUAAAAACUCACCACUGACUCCUCCCCCUCCCUCCUUACCAUAUGCGUUUGUUUUCAGCUGGCGAACACAUGAUGUUUCCUCGUGUGUGGCUUCUCACUUGGUCAGACGCUUGUUUCCUCUUCCUUUCUUCCUCCGUCACCGGUUUUCUCUGCCGUUAAACAUACAGCGUAGUUCUGCUUCCACUUUGUCAAACAGAAUAAACGUUUUAUUUAAGAAAUACAGUAAGACUUUACAUAAACAACACACAACAUCAGUAAAAUGCUUUAAAAACACAAGAGCCGUAA